AUGAGCUUGACGAAUAUAUUUCAAACAGAUGCAGUUAGUCCUGGCAGCAGCGACUCAUCAGAUCCAACACUGCCACACGACGAUACAAUCAUUGAAUUGCUGGGCAGUUAUGAGUUCGAUGUUAGGCUUCAGACAAUAAACGGUUUGUCGGCCAUUGCUCGACAUGAUUCACAGUGGUUUACCAAAUUUCUCAGAAAAGGUGAACUGGUGAAGCAGUUGGAGUUGUUGCUGAAUGAUGAACGAUGGGAAGUGCAACAUCAAACACUUAAAUUUUUGCUAGAUGCUUUACCAACAUUUGGAACUAAUACAGAUUUUUGUAUGUCAUAUUUAUUGGCAUCAAUUGUGAUGAAGUUAAGCAGUUCCAAACUCACUGUACGUCGUCUUACCAACAAUUUGUUGAUUGUUUAUCUGAAGUCAAGUCCAAGUAUUGUCACCAUAAUUCAGAAAAUUUUAGUCGAUUUUCUUCACCAAGCGCAGGUUGAACCAAAAAUCAAAGUUGCUGUAUUGAAUGAAAUACCAAAUUUGUUUAUUGCUGAAUGUGGCAUAAAAAAUUGGAACAUUCUUGGCGACGGCCUUCAAAAAGCAUUUUCUACAGAUCCAAAGUUGCUUCAAAAAAUUGCUGAAGUACAAGAACGUUUAGACGCAUACCUUAAAAGAUGUAAUCCAAGACUGUCAACAAGUAUGUCGGAUCGUCAAGUCAGUGCUAUUAGUUUGGAGUCAAGUGUCCGGAAAACAGCAGAUUCACGUGUUAAAGAAGUGGUUUCUGCAGACGGUAGAUCAACAGUUGUGUGCAGUAAUUCAUCAUGUCGACGUUACCGAUUUCGGGUGAUUCCAGAAGAAAUUUUUAAUGCUCUACAACAGACAAACGAUGCUGCUAUAAAAAGUUCAGGUCUUGAAAAAAUGAGAGCAAUCAUCAAGAAUGUUACUGCAGAUGACAUCAAAAAAAUUGUACCACAUUUACACUCAUAUUUUGUUGCUCUCAGUAAAGUGUUACAAGAUUCUGAUGAUAAUAUUAUUAUAAAUUGUCUGGAAGUUAUUAAAUUAAGUAUUCAAAAGUUUAAUGGAUAUCUUGACGAUCACUGUCAGCAAAUUAUCGCAUUAGUUGGAAAAAAUUUUGGAACAGAAAGGGCGUUGAUCAGACAACUGACAAUGUCAAUUUGCCUAGAACUGAUGCGAAAUACCAACGUCAAGGUGGUGAUGUCGGGGUUGUGUCCAUAUACUGACGACAAAAAUUCACGAGUCAAAGAAGAAGUACUAAACAUACUUACUGCUGGAUGCCUAAAAUUUGAUGCUUCUAAACUGAACUUAAGAGCUGUUGCCGAUGUCAUUGUACCGCUUCUCAUUGAUGAACAACGAAGAGUUAGACUUGCUGCAUUUGAGCUAUUUGCUGUAAUUUCGAGUAUAGACAGCAACGACAGCGAUGACCUAUUGGGAUUGGUUCGAAACCUGGAAGCCAAGAAACGAACUUAUGGCUUGACUGAUGCUGUUGCGCGUCGUGUAUCGAGAAAUGUGUUACCAAAAAUUCGUUUUGAUGGUCUUAUUGAGUAUUCUACACCAUUUUCACUGUUAUCGCCUUCAAUGCUCGGCAGUGAAAGUCGAAAUCAUGAAAAUGCUGAUUAUAAUUGGAUUAAAAGAGGAAAUACUGUACCUUGUACAGCGGUCACAAGACGCUUAUCACCGUUACUUUUGAAACGUAAUUUAAGCGAUGAACGGAAUCUUUCUUCAUGGACUGCAAGUCUUGGUGAAGCGGGAUGGGCUCAUCGGGUAGUCGUGCUCAUUCAGCAAACACUGAUAACAGCCACAGUAAUACAACCAGAACGGGAACUGAUGAAACUUGCAGUAAUGCAGAAAGUUUAA